UUGUGCGUGUGUGGUGGGCUUGGAGGCAGGCGGUGAGGGCUGCGGUGGGCUUGGAAGCGUUGGGUGCCGUAGGGCAAUGGGGAAGACGGCAGCGAGGGCGGGCCUUGGGGCAGGAAUGAGGAGCCCGGCUGAGGGAGGCGGAGCGGACUGAAUGUUUGGCUCCGAGCUUUGGGCAGCUGCCGGAGAAGUUUCGCUGAGCGCAGGUUCGAAUCGGACGAGCGGAGUUAGUGCGGCACCGCCUGGAAAGCGCCUUCCGCAUCUUCUGCUGUGGACACUGGAUGCUCGGAGCAGUCCAUGGAAGGUCUCGUCGGACGCGGUGCCGUUCUUGGUGGCGUCAGGACGUUUGCCAGGUGCUCGCAGUGAGCAGAGCCAGGAAGGCAAACUUCGAUUAAUCCACCGCACCACCGUUAAUCUCAGCAACGCAGCACUGCAAAUCAUCUCCGUGCUCUGCCCGAGCGGGAGCUACAUACACGAAGCACAUCCUACCGGCUCCUGCAGAGGACAGGCACUUGAAUUCCACACCGUGGAAGACAAAACCUCCCUUUUCCUCAAAUUCAUUCUUCUCUUACAUUCAUCUACUUACUUCUUACCUCACCCUCCCCCCGUCCUUUCCUUGAAAUUUCCUCUUCUCUCUUAUUCUCCACUGCACACUCACACCUACCACCUGACACCAACUCAGGGGCUUACAAUCAACCCAUCACUUUCUUCCUUAACCUCAUCUUUCUCCUCUUCAAACCUGUGCUUCUUCCACUUUCAUUUUCCCUGGAAUAAGAACUGACAAGAGCCACAAGACUUUUGCUGGUUCCCUUCCCCACACCAAUUUUAUUUCCCUAGAUGAUAAAUAAAUCUAUAGAAAUAAAGGUCACAGGGCAUCUGAAGACAGCAGACAUACUCCGCAAGCCAUCCCAACCACCUUGUGGUUUCAAAUGCCAAAACCUUCCUCUCUCCACCACAAACUGUUACUGUUAGAGUUUUGUUCUGGCAAAUAGUUGCAUGAGCCUUUCACAGUGGGCACUUCCUAUUUGCUCUCAGCUUGACUCUUUAGGGAGAUUUCUCCUGAAAUCUUUUCCAGAAAACUCCUUCAACUCUGCCCACAGCAGCUUACAUUAACAGCAACUUGCAAAUUGGUCAUCCUGGGGUACAGUUUGAGUGAGAAUGCCAUCGAAAAUAUUUUGCCUUUUACUGCUCCUUCUUUUUCCCAUCUCCACGGUGAGUGCCCAGGGGCAGGGUGCUGUGGGAGAGGUGCUGCUUGCAGCUUUAGAUGAGAAAAACAUGAGUUUUUGGUCAUGGAUGAGAAUUGCCUUUGGGAAGAGCUUUCAGGUGCUACGUCCAAGGUAAAUCCUCCAGGCAUCAAUCUUUCCCUUUCAGGCAUUUCCUUCUGCCUAACCUUUCCUGGUGAUGUGUGUGUGUGUGUCCCUUUGCCAGGUGCUUGACUCCAUCCCUUGGCAGUGCAGAGGGAGGCUGAGCUAAAGGAUUUCAGGAGAUUGGAGCCAUGCCUUAUUUCCACCUUGCCCUGCAAAUUGAGGCUGCAGCCUUUUCAUCAGACUGCAAGAAUAUUUCCUUCUCCUAAUCUGCUCCCAACAGGUUUGCUGAAGGUUUCCCUUGGCUGUCACUGUGUGAGUGCUCUCACUUUGUCCCCUGUGCCCAGGCCCUUGGGCUGCAGUCUGGGGAGGUGCAGUCCAGGGAGAUGGGAUGCCUGAAACCCAGCUGUGAUUUCCAGCCACGAGCGUGAGCCAUGUGUGCACAUUUCUGCUUGUAACCAGGGCAGCAUGAUUUGAGGGGCACUGCACUGGAGGAAUGCAGAAAGAUGUCCAAAAUAGCCUCUGUGCUGGGGGCCUUUUCCCUAGAGCCCUUGUCUUCUUCCAGCAUGAAGCAAAAUCUGCUGGUUCUUCCUUCGUGAUAGCUGAGGGAAAGGCUGCAAGUGUGCUCUGUUUACAUCAACUGGAAGCAGUGAGUUCAUAGAAAUUCUGCCCGGGGUCUGACAAAAUAACUCCAUGUGUUCAAGCAGGAAGCCUGGCAGUGUGUUUUCUUGCUCUCUCCUAGCACAUCUUGGGAUCAGCUGGCAACUGAGGGCUACUUAGAAACAAACUAACGAACCACCAGCUCUUGCAGAGCCCAGCUAAGCCCCUGUGGUUUCUUCUUUCCCCUUUCAGUUUGCUAGAUUAAAAAAAAAAAAAAACUUAUAAAAAAAUCCUGAAACACCAAUCCCUUGCAUCAUAGGGAAGGCUGUACCCUUCUGAUUGCAGAAAUGAACUGCAGCUGAACUGCUCAGACACAGCUUGCUGUUCUGCCCUUCAGUUUCUUGCCUGUGCAUCUCUGGAGGGGGACGCUCCAGUAGCCAGAUGUAAAAAUGCAGAUAAAAUCCGGUGUGAAAUGAGCAUGGGAAACCUCUUGUGUUAUUCCUGGAAGUGUCAGCUGAAGACAAAUGUGUGGAAGACACAGCUCAGGUGGCAUCCAUGUCUGUAGCACUGGCCAUGGCAGUUCCACGUCAGUGUCUGGAGCCUUUCCCUGGGGACAGGGAAGCCAAGAUGGAUCCAGAAUCCACCCCAAAUCAAGGUCAAUAUUGAAGAAGGGUGGCAGCAGUUCUGGUUGCACCAUGGCCGAGCCCAAGUCUGUGUGUGUUUCUGUGGACGAGGUGGUCUCCAAUGGCACAGACACCCAGGACAUUCACCUCAUCAAUGGACACUUAAAAAAAGUGGACAAUGCUCUGACAGAAGCUCACAGGUUCUCCUACCUGCCCCGAAGGCCAGCUGUGAACAUUGAGUUUAAAGAACUGUCCUACUCUAUCCAGGAAGGGCCAUGGUGGAGAAAGAAAGGUUAUAAGACCCUUUUGAAAGGAAUUUCAGGGAAGUUCAGCAGUGGAGAACUCGUUGCAAUUAUGGGACCUUCAGGAGCUGGGAAGUCAACACUUAUGAAUAUUCUGGCAGGAUACAGAGAGACGGGGAUGAAAGGAGAAAUCCUCAUCAACGGGCAGCCCCGCGACCUGCGCUCCUUCCGCAAGGUCUCCUGCUACAUCAUGCAGGAUGACAUGCUCCUUCCUCACCUCACUGUCCAGGAAGCUAUGAUGGUAUCUGCUCAUCUGAAACUUCAAGAGAAAGAUGAAGGGAGGAGAGAAAUGGUGAAGGAAAUCCUGACAGCUCUUGGUUUGCUGACGUGUGCCAACACGAGGACUGGGAGUCUCUCUGGGGGCCAGAGGAAACGCCUGGCCAUUGCUCUGGAGCUGGUCAACAACCCCCCUGUCAUGUUCUUUGAUGAACCCACCAGUGGCUUGGACAGUGCAUCGUGUUUCCAGGUGGUCUCUCUGAUGAAGGCUUUGGCCCAGGGGGGCAGAUCCAUCAUCUGCACAAUUCACCAGCCCAGUGCAAAACUGUUUGAGCUCUUUGACCAGCUCUAUGUUCUAAGUCAAGGUCAGUGCAUUUACCGUGGGAAGGUAACAAACCUUGUCCCUUACUUGAGAGAUUUGGGGCUGAAUUGUCCAACCUACCACAACCCAGCAGAUUUUGUGAUGGAAGUGGCCUCGGGUGAGUACGGGGACCAGAGCGGCCGCCUGGUCAGGGCGGUCAGGGAGAGGAUUUGUGACUCUGACUACAAGAGAGACGUGCCUGGGGAGCACGAGCUGAACCCCUUCCUCUGGCACCGGCCCUCUGAAGAGGACUCCUCCUCCACAGAAGGCUGCCACAGCUUCUCUGCCAGCUGCCUAACCCAGUUCUGCAUCCUCUUCAAAAGAACUUUCCUCACCAUCAUGAGGGACUCGGUCCUGACACACCUGAGGAUCACCUCACACAUUGGCAUUGGGCUGCUCAUCGGAUUGCUCUACUUGGGCAUUGGCAAUGAAGCCAAGAAAGUCCUCAGCAACUCGGGGUUCCUCUUCUUCUCCAUGCUGUUCCUCAUGUUUGCUGCUCUCAUGCCCACUGUCCUCACCUUUCCCCUUGAGAUGGGAGUAUUUCUCAGAGAGCAUCUGAACUACUGGUACAGCCUGAAAGCCUAUUACCUGGCCAAGACCAUGGCUGAUGUUCCUUUUCAGAUCAUGUUCCCUGUGGCCUACUGCAGCAUCGUGUACUGGAUGACCUCCCAGCCCUCCGACGCGCUGCGCUUCGUCCUCUUCGCCGCCCUGGGCACCAUGACAUCCCUGGUGGCUCAGUCCCUGGGCCUGCUCAUAGGGGCAGCCUCCACAUCCCUCCAGGUGGCAACUUUUGUGGGCCCAGUGACUGCCAUCCCAGUCCUCCUGUUCUCUGGGUUCUUUGUCAGCUUUGAUACCAUCCCAACAUACCUCCAGUGGAUGUCCUACAUUUCCUAUGUCAGAUAUGGGUUCGAAGGCGUCAUCCUCUCCAUCUACGGACUGGAUCGAGAAGAUCUGCAUUGUGACAAAGAUGACACCUGCCACUUCCAAAAAUCAGAGGCCAUCCUGAAAGAACUGGAUGUAGAAAAUGCCAAACUUUACCUGGACUUCAUUGUUCUUGGGAUUUUCUUCUUCUCUCUGCGCCUGAUUGCCUAUUUUGUCCUCAGAUACAAAAUCCGAGCGGAGAGGUAAAGGAGAAGCAGCUGAACCAAGGCAGUAGGAGAACUUUAGACAUCAAAUAGAGGGCACUUGACAUUGUCUCACUGUGGCAGGCUGGUCCCCAGUGGGGACAGCCAGAUGCUGUCCUGACCGAGCCCAUGGAGAGCCACAAUGGGAUAGUGGACACCCAGUGUUAAGCCAAUCAGUCCAGUUGGGUUGGGUCAUGUUUUCAUUACACUUUCUAGCUUUAACUAGGAAGAAGAACUAUAGAAGGGAAUUUUACACCACAGGAUAUCAAUACCGAGGCAGUGUAACUGUAACAAGAAACCUGGCUGCAGGAGCUUUCCUUAUGAAAACCAAUUUUGGGAUAAGGUCACCAGGAUCCCAGUCCUGGUGGCCAGAAUAGUGUAAUGUCAUCUCUAGUGGACAAGGUAGUGAGAUGCAAAAUGAGGUAUGCAAAGAAAAUAGGAUUCUCUCAUAUUUUUAAAUUUCAUCUUUGCAGUUUUCUAUGUAUUAUUUUGCAAUUCUUUUCCACAGAAUUACCCCCUUCUGGCUAAAAGUCUGUAAAUGUAUUAAUAAGGUAAAGAUAUCUUUUUAAUAUGGAUACUUUUUUAAAAGAAACCUAAAGUGAUUCAAGUAAUUAUUUUUGUUUCUGUCUGAAUUUAGAAUUCUGGUGCUUUACUUGUCGAGCUGGUCUCAUAUCUGAAAACUGUAAUGAUAGGAGGAAAAGGCAGAUUCUCAGUCUGCACUGUGGUCCCAUUUGGAAGCAGCACUGGAUAGCACAUGCAGUUAGACAUGGUCAAGCUGUCACUGAAUGGUAUGAAAAAAAAUAUUCUUUUGCAGUGUCUUUAAAUCCUUAGUAUUUGUGAUGUUUUGGGAUACUAGCUCUGUUCAUUAUCUGUUUGAUCUACCUCCUGCCACUGAAAAAAAUCAAGGCACUCCAAGGCUUAUUUUUAUUUAAAUUGUGAAAGCAGGAUCUGUCCCUAAAGUGAUUGUUAAAGGAGUGCACGAGCUGUCCACAGAUCAAAGCUUGGGCUGCUGUGUUAAAACACCUGUGACUGCCUCAUCCAGAGGUGUUCAUUGUAUCUGCAACACCCUCUGUGUGGGACCCUCCCAAAAACACACACAUGACCUUGAAACGCUGCAGCUCUAAUGCUGCCAGGCAGUUUUGUUCUCAUCCCUAAGUCUGCAUGCACAACAUGAGAAGCAAUUGCUCUGAACACCAAUGAAACUGUUAUGCUGGCUAUCUCACCUCUGUAAAUCUGGCAGGGGGAAUGCUGGUUCCAAGCUGAUGUGAAUUUUCUUGGGUUUGGAUUUUCAACCCAAAAUGAACCCACCAUCCUCACGCUGGACACCUUGGCGAGCUUUGGUGCAAAUUGCAGAGCCUUCUGCCACGGCUGUGAAUUUAUCUGGGUGUCCCAGACCCCUGAGUGAGGCCUGAAUGUUCUGUGAAUGCAUUAUUCCCAUCAGGAUGAUGCACUCUUGCAGCUUGGAGGCAGCACAAUGUCAGCAAACCCUUGAGGAGCCCAGCAGCUCAUGGCAGCAGGGUAGAUAAGAAGGACCUAGUGCAUCUUCUGGCCCCCAGCAGUCAAAAAUCCACAAACUUUUCCAAGACUCUGUGGCUGUGUCUCUCCUAGUGAAAUAAAUAGUGCCAGGCCCAGCUCUGUUAGUCCUCAUUCAGCUGGGGUUAACAGGAAUGGCCCCUGUACUGAUUUUUACACAGCCAAAGCUCUGGCUCUGCUGGGUUGCAGCUCUGCCCUUUAGCAGGGAAGAAAAUUGUUUCCCAGUUUUCCUGGCAUGUGCCCAGGCUCUGUUUGAUUUACCAAUACAGACACAGACUGCAUGUAUCUGUUAAACUCAGGACAUCUGAACUAAGCCUGGGGUCUGGAAGGCUUUAAAUCAAGUCACAAAUUUUAGGAAGGCUACCUGAACUUUCCCUGAAAAUAAGGGUUACCUGUGAAAGCAAAACCAAUGUUUACUGUAGAAGAAAACCCAAAUUCCUUGCACAGCCCCUUUGCAUAAUUUUUGUUGCUGUUCUUUCUCAAAAAGCUUUUGUACAGCUCUGCAGCUUUUCCAGGCAUAAUCACGAGCAGGUACAAACCUCUAUGGCUGUCAGAUUUGAGAAAUUAAGAAUCUGAGCUAUUCCAAAUAGUACUCAUAGCUGUGAGCAGUUUUUAAACAAGGCACGAGCUGAAAUCCCUUUAGCACAACGUGCCUUGAUUAUUUCAAGACUCUCUAUGUAUUUGUGACUAUCACAGGCAGUUCAAACACUUUUUGCAAGCAGACAAAGGACUGCAUUUGCCAAAUUCCCCUUGGGUUGCAGACUUGUGGUCCAAGCUGAGGUCAAAGCGUGUGACAUCCCUGGCACUGAGUCCCUUCAGGGUUGAUGUUUUGUGUUUACCAGACCAUUUACCAAAUACACCCUGGCAAUGCCCUGCAGUGCUCCAGAGGAGGUGACUUUGCUGCCAUUCCCACACUGGCAUCCUGCAGGAUGCUGUUCUCUCCCACCUAGACCAGUUUAGCUGUAUGAAUUCCUUGGAUACUGUCUUGUUGUCUGUGCCUGUUCCUCUGGUUUGUGACUGUCUCAUUUUAUGUUUUUAGCCUCCAGCAUGUCCUCCUGUACUGUAACUUUGUGUUGUGUUAUGGUAGCCAAAAAUCUGGUCCUACACGGGUGUUCCUGAGAAAAUUCCUGCUCUGGGAAUAUUUUUUGUUCACUCCUUUUUUUGUUAGACAUGCUUUUUCCAGACUUCUACUGGCAGCAUUUAGCUGGAAGUUACUAUUCUUAGGAAUGCUUUCAGACUGUAGUAUCCCAGUAAAGAGGUAAUUCUCUGGAGACUCAGUGGUACACAUAGAUGAGAUAAUAAUUUUUUCUCUCCCUAACUCACAAAUUAACUGAUGAUCUCUCUUUUGUCACUGCUUUGGGACAGAAGCAUUUAAAAUCCAUCCUAAUUAUGUCUUCAUCUACUGCAAAGAUUUUUAAUGUAGUCUUAGGCUGGCUUUUUUCCUCUUUACUGGAGAUAAAUUCCAACAGGCUGGUACAAAACACAUUCCCAGGUUAAUGGGCUGAGCAUGCAGGUGCUCCUGUGUUGAACAGCACUUUGUGAAGCUCUGGAGGCUUCACUUGGAAGAAUAAUAAGGCCAGCAAGGUUCUGAAGGCUUCUAAUGCUCAAUUUUCAAAUCCUCAGUUUUACAGCCAUAUAUAAAGAGCCAUAAACUCUCUGAAAUCAAUGCCACUACCAAUUACCAUUUGAACCAGUCACAGCCUGGCUGAAAGUUAUGUAAGAGGCUGAAGGUUUCACUUGAAAACUGAAUGUAUGGUUUUUGUUGGGAUUGCAGGAAGACUUUAGUGUCCUGUUGGCCUCCUUGUCCUGUUUUGACUUGUUUUGAGAUAUUGCUUUGGUUACUGUGGGCAUUAGUUAAGACUUUAGGUCCUUCACACUUCUUUUGUUGUUUUUCUUCAUGGAAACUUGCAUAUGAUCUGAAAAACCCUGAAGGUUUUUAAAAAUAACUUGAAGCAUUAUUAUUUACAAUUAAAUAAAAGAUUUAGAAAGCAGAUUCUACUCUUAAGAAAUUGAGAAGGUUCCAUUGUUACAGGUCAAAAUCAGAGGCCACCCUGAAAGAACUGGAUGUAGAAAAUGCCAAACUUUACCUGGUCAAAGGGAGUGGAAAGAGACUGGUGCUGAAAUCCUCUCCAGCUCUUAGAAUUUGGAGCACAAAGUAGCUAUUUGAAUUAAAAGAGAGGAAUAUGUGCACAUGGAACAGGGAGAGCUGGUUAUGUAAGGGGGAGAUAAUGAACUUGAGUCCAAGAACUGCAUGUCUCAGGUGAUUGACAGCUCUAUCCACACUUGUGUGUCAAACUCUGUGUUCUCAGCAGAAAGGAAUGUUUUAUUAAACACUCGGUUCUGGGAGGAAGUGUGGUACAUCCUGACCUGUGCCACCCCAGUGAUCCUCACACAGGAGAUCCUGCCUGUCCUACUUACACAGUGCUGGGUGGAUUUUGGGGUUCUGGGAACUGGGGAAGGCCAGCAAAGCAGAUAUCCUGGUGGGAAUCUCUUACAGACCCCCCAGCCAGGAUGAGGAGGCAGGUGAAAUGUUCCAUGGGAGGUCUUGUGACCAAUGCCCCUUCUCCUGUGGGAGACUUUAACUUGCCAGAUGUCUGCUGGAAAUACAGCACAGCAGAGAGGAAACAGUCCAGGAGGCUCCUGGAGUGUGUGGGAGGUAAUUCCUGGCACAGCUGGGGAGGGAACCAGGCCCUGGCGAUGCCCCACUGGCCCUGUUUGUGAGCAGAGAAGGGCUGGUGGGUGAUGGGGUUGUUGGAGAUCCUCUUGGGCACAGUGAACGUGAAGUGAGAGGUUCUGGUUCUUGGGGAGAUGGAGGGGUGGCAGCAGAACUUCUGCAGGGCAGACUGUGCUUGAGAGCUGGGCUGGCAGAGUCCCUUGGGAGGCAGCCCUGAAGGGCUGGGAAGUGCAGGAAGGCUGGGGAUGCUGCAGAAGGAAAUCCUAAAGGCACAGCAGGAGCAGGCCAUCCAUGCCCUUGUGCCAAAGGAUCAGCCAGAGGGGCAGGAGGACUGGCCUGGCUGAAACUCAGGGAACAAAACAGGGUGUGUGACCUUUGGAAGAAAGGGCAGGCAGCCCAGCAGGACUGCAGGGACACUGUGAGGUUAUUCAAGGAGAAAUCAGAAGGGCCAAAGCCCAACUAGAACUUAAUCUGGCUACUGCUGCAAAAGACAAUAAAAAAUACUUCUGUAAAUACAGAAUUACAAAAUUACUUCUGUAAUACUAAGGAGAGUUUCCAUCCUUCCUUGGAUGCCAUCCUUUACUUCCUACCAGAACAGCCCCAUGGGGUGCAGCUGCUCAGGAAUUUCUGUGUGCACAUCCAUUUAUAAUGUAUGAUCAUGUGAAAAGCUGUUGGGAACUUGAAGUAGGCAGAAAAUGACACCGUGUCAUGUCCUCUGUGACAGCUUGUGACAGGCUGAUCACUGCAGUGCCACACAGCACUGGUGAGUGCAUUAAUUAAGUGCUGAGUGCCACUGGAGUUAAUCAGGAGCUCUGCCAUUGUGAACAGGGGCAGUGGCAUUUUCAGGGAUCGACUCCUCUCCAAUUCCUGUUCCCAUAAUACACAGAGGGGUUGGUGUGGGGCAUCCCACAGAGUGCUUUUUGUCAGCCCACACAGCACUCUUCAUAUUACAUGUCUAAAAGUUUCAGGUUUGAGCCUGCAAACAUAGCAAGUUUCAUUUUAAUUCUGUUUAAUGCUUUAUUUCUGUUUCUGUGCAUAUUUCAUGUAGAGUUUCUGAAGGAGUAAUUGCACUGUAGAGCACAAAAUUUAGCUGCAGUCUUUUUUUUGUUUUGAAAUCUUAUGAAGAAUGAUAAUUUUAUGCAGUUGUCAGCUGUAGAACCUUUCUUUAAGAGAUUUAGGUUUCUGUUGAGACCUGUAAAACCAAGGGUGACCAGCCAGGAUGUGUCUCCUGUGGCACAAAACGUGGCCAUGGCUCAGCCUGCAUUCUCUGCACUGGUUGUGCCUUCAGGACACAUCCAGCUUUGGCUGGUUCUUUUUAUCCCCCCCUGAGGGUUCCCAUGCAGCUCAGCCCGUGCCCAUCAAUUGCUGAGUCCCUUUUUUCUGGCUGUUCAUGGCUGCUGUCCAGCUGGGCUGUGAGAACGAGCUGCUUGGGAAGAGUGCAGGAUGGGGAAAGGUGGAGGGAUGACUUGGAGGCUUCUCUGAGCUACCAAAACCCCAAUGUGCUGGAUCUCUGGGUGUGCUUCACUCAAAAAUAUUCAAAAAUGUCUUUUUCAGCAGAUUGCAAGGCAACAUGGAAGCUUCUGCUUUUAAAGGUUGACGGGGUUUUCUACUUCAGUGGCAUCUGUGAUGUCUCUUUUUCUGACCCUGUUGUAGCUUAUUUUAGAGGCCCAUUUAGGGUAAUCAUUAUACAAACUCCUUUCUGUCACUUCCAGAAACAAACUUUCCUGGCCUCAGUGAUAAUUACACCAACCUUUCCAAAUGUGAAUUAGUUGUUGAACAUUUAUUUUUUAAAUAUGGGGGAAAAUCUCUUAAAUUAUGGCAAAGGAAAAUUAAAAUUGAGACUAUUAUACUGAUAUAUCUUAAAAGAAGAUAACAAGUCCUGCAGUGGGGCCAAGCCUUCACCUGUGUCAGUGAAGAUUUAUCAAAUACCUUUUCUGAGUCAGUUGACCUUAUUGUGAGAUUCUGCCCUUGAACCUGUUACUGAAUUAUUUAACAUUUGGUUCUUUUGUUUUUCAAAGCAAGAGUCAAUGCAAGGUAUGAUUUUAAAUCAGCGUGCUAAAGUGUGCAUACUCUGAAUAUCUAAUAUGUCAUUGUUGUCUCUUGUUUCUGUAAUGCAUUUGCAUUACUAUGAAUCAAUUUUAUUCUGCUUCUCUAGAGACUAUUGCUGCCUGCACGCUGUGAUAUAUUUGCACUGGUGUAGAUAUAUAUAUACAUAUAUUGUAAUUAUAUUAUACAAACCAUGUCUUUUUCAGGUUGCUUGUUACCUUUGUAGUUUAUGCUUCCUGGUACAGUGGACCUGAGUAAAAAUGUGGGAUGUGGGGCAUUCUGAUGAUAUAUUACAGUAAUAGAGAAAUCUUUGUAUAUUUCUGUAUACUUAAUACCUGUAAGAAGAGAUUUGUAUGUGCAUUAUUUUCCAGACUUAGGGCUUUGUUUUCUGAGACUAGAGAACAUUUAUGAUAAUGUAACACACACACACACAGAAAAAAAUCAAAUAAAGUGUUAUUAUUUUCAGACA